AUGCACUAUGAGGUGGUCCGGAGUCACAGCCCCCUCUUCACUGUGGUUCACUAUGCUGAGAAGGUCCAGUAUAAUGGAGGAGGCUUCCUAGAGAUGAACAGAGAUACCAUCCCAGCCAGCAUCAGAGACCUCUUCAUCAACAGUGUCACCCCUCUACUCAGUGUCCUUUUUGCCGCCACAAUCUCCAGGACAGGGACCUUGAUGCCACGCAAAGCAAAGGUCAUGCAAAAGGCAGAUGACAACUUUAACUCAACUAGGAAACAGUCGGUGGGGGCCCAGUUUAAGCACUCUCUAGCUGUGCUGAUGGAGAAGAUGUUUGUGGCCAAUCCUCACUUUGUUCGCUGCAUUAAACCUAACGGCAACAAGCUUCCUGACCAGGUGGACAACAAAAGGGUCAUGGACCAGCUAAGAUACAACGGCCUGCUGGAAACCAUCAGGAUACGAAGAGAUGGCUUCUCCUGGCGACCCUCAUUCAAAGAAUUUGCUCAGAGAUAUAACAUUCUGCUGAUCAAGCCAGAUUUACCACUAACCAAGGAAAGCUGCUUGUCCAUCCUCAACACGACUGCGAUACAUGGCUGGAAGUGUGGGUCGUCUCGUCUGUUCUUUAAGUACUGGCACCAGGAGGAGUUGUCCAGGCUGUUGGAGAGACUGGGCAAAGCAGCACUUGUCAUCCAGAAAAACUACCUCUCUCUGCGCUACAGGAGGAAGUACCUGUCCCUACUGUUGGAGGUGAGCAGACAGAGGCAGGCUCAGAGAGAGAGGGAGGAGAACAAGAGGCCCGUCUCUCCACCCGUGCCCCUACCCAGGAGGAAGAAGCCUCAGCCCCGGCCUCGCUCCAUCAUGCCCACAGCUGCCCACCUGACCCCUGUCCCCCGGCCCCGCAACAAACAGUUUGAGGCCACUCCCUUUGACAACCUGGAGGUGCACAGUGAGCUGGCUGAGCUGAUGGUCCAGGUGGGGGGAGAGGAGCGGGCCAGGGAGAGGAGCAAGAAGAGAAGGGACAACAUCCGCUGGUUCAAGGAGACGCAGGCCCGCAAGGUGGUCCGCAACGGUGCCUUCCCCUGCUGGUUCCAUGGCAUGAUAACACGUAGACAAGCGGAGGAUCUGAUGACGGACAAGCCUGUAGGCUGCUUCCUGAUUCGUGUAGGACAGAGCCGGGAGGGCUACACACUAACAUACAAGGGGGCAAACCGCUGUAGGCACUAUAUGAUUGAGAUGCAGUCUAACGGGAAGUAUGUGAUCCUGGGGGAGGAUAAAGCCCACCCCUCCCUGCCUGACCUGGUGCAGCACCACAGCCGGGUGGGCAUCAAGCCCUUCAACGAGCUGCUCACCACCUCCUGUGGACAGACAUGUGACCACAAUACAGACUACGAGGACUUGAAGGGCCUGGAUCACCUGGUUGACCGCAGGAGCACCGUGUCUGGGGAAGAGGAGGGCGAGUUGAGCCCGGAUCAGGUACACCUGGAGUUCCAGCAGCUCUUCCUGCCUCCGGGGCAGAACCCCGCCCUGGAGGCCAAGAGACCCCCUGUCCUCAGGCGGAUAUCUGACCGCAGACACCGGGCCGAGGCUGAAGGAGGAGGGGAGGCCCUGGAAGGGAAGCUCAGAGAUGGGGAGAGAGGAAGAGCGUGGGGAGAUGAGCGGGACCGCAAGAGCAAGCCCUUUCCCCGGUUGUAUCCUUCCAUCCGAUUGGCUAUGAGGGAGAUCCAGCAGAUUCAACAGCACUUUUCAGAUGUCCAGGAACAGAGCCCCGCCGUCUCUCACAGUACACCCAAGCCCUCCUGGAGGAGGACAGAUUCAUAACCCAUGUGAUGGAGGGAGUUCAUUCAAAGCUGCUAUUUGUUGUUUUUGCCCAUCUGAAUGAGUUAACUGUACCUUAUUCUGUCAAGCGUUAACCAGGUUUUUAUAAACAAAUUGUAAGGAGAUACUUCCUUGUUUUACUAGUGUUUUAUUUAGUCACAAUUUUAAUAUAAAUUUGUUUACGUUUCUGAAUAUUGUUUUAUGUGUGUAUGUAAAUUAUUCAGUGGGAAUUUUACAUUCACUGUUUUACUGAAUGUGUUUUUUACAUUUUAGAUAUCUGGUUGUGCAAGUUUUUUUUCUUCAUAAUAAUAAAAUCUGCAG